AUGGCUGUUCUAUGUCUAUCUAGCAUCACACAAGCAAAUGUCAAAAUCCCCAAAGAAAUAGCCAAAAAGUUUAGUAGUGACCCUCAAAUCCUUUCACUGGCAUCAACAGAUUAUGGGCACAUAGUUCACGAAACCCCAUUAAAAGUUUUUGAGCCAUCUUCUGUGAGUGAUAUCUCAAGUUUGAUCAAAUUCUCAAACUCUCUUCCCACCCCAUUCACCAUAGCCACCAGAGGCAAAGCUCACUCCAUUCUAGGGCAAGCCCAGGCACGAAAUGGGGUGGUCUUGAACAUGACUAACCUCAAAGGGUCACUGAUUUCGGUUUCAAAUUGUGAUCGAAAAACAUCAUUAAAUUGUUAUGCUGAUGUUGGUGGUGAAGUGUUGUGGAUUGAUGUGUUGCAUGCAACCCUAAAACGUGGACUCACACCUUUAUCUUGGACAGAUUAUUUGUAUCUGAGUGUUGGAGGAACUCUGUCAAAUGCUGGAAUCAGUGGCCAAGCCUUUCGAUUUGGUCCUCAGAUCUCUAAUGUUCUUCAACUCGAUGUUGUCACAGGAAAAGGAGAGCUUGUGACUUGCUCUAGGGAUAAGAAUUCUGAGUUAUUUUACGGUGUUCUUGGAGGAUUAGGUCAAUUUGGUGUAAUAACCAGAGCCAGAAUACCUCUAGGACCUGCACCAACCAGGGUGAAAUGGCUCAAUCUGCUUUACAACAACUUCACUGCAUUUUCUAGCGACCAAGAACAUUUAAUCUCCUUCAGUGAAAAGAAUGACACUACUGCAGCAGAUUAUGUAGAAGGCAAGCUUCUAUUCAAUCAGUCACCCCUGGAACUUUCCUUUUAUCCAGAUUCUGACCAUCAAAGAAUAACUUCACUGGUAACUCAAAAUGGCAUAAUCUACAUCAUAGAACUUGUCAAAUACUAUGACAACAACUCUCAAGCAUUCGUGACCAAGGAUGUGGCCGAUUUGGUGAAAGGGUUAAAGUUCGUACCAACAUUUAUGUUCGAAAAAGAUGCAUCGUACGAGGAGUUUCUGAAUAGAGUUUACGCAGAAGAGUUAUUUCUAAGGUCAAAAGGACUUUGGGAAAUUCCUCACCCCUGGUUGAACAUCUGGAUUCCAAGAUCUCGAAUCUCAGAUAUUAACGAAGGUGUCUUCAAGAACAUUAUUCUUAAGCAAAACAUUUCUGGCGGAAUUUCUCUGAUAUACCCGCUGAACCGAAGCAAGUGGGAUGAUAAGAUGUCACCAGUUACACCAGAUGAAGAUGUUUUCUACGCUGUAAGUCUUUUGCGUUCUACAAGUUCGAUAGAUAUGCUGAAGAAAUAUCAGACUCAGAACCAACAAAUAUUAGAGUUUUGUAAGGGUGCUGGUAUUAAGAUCACGAAAUAUCUCACUGGGAACAAAACACAACAACAAUGGGUGGAACACUUUGGCUCAAAAUGGAAACUUUUUGCAGAUAGAAAAGCUCGAUUUGAUCCCAAAAGAAUAUUGUCACCAGGACAAGGCAUUUUUUGA